AUAACGGUGAUUGAUUUUAGAGACAAAUUCAUUAAAAGUAUCUACAUCUUAACGAAAGAAAGCCUUACACGAACGACAAUGGUCAAAAUCGCAGUUGCUGGUGGCUCGGGUGAAGUUGCCCAUGAAAUAAUCGAUGCUUUAUUAGCUGCGAAGAAGCACGAUAUCACUAUCCUGUGUAGGAUUAAACCUUCCACAGGGGACAGUAUGCCUGGUGUCACCUGGCGUGCUGUAAACUAUGACGACAAGAGCGAUCUAGUCGAUGCCUUGCAGGGAAUUCACACCGUCUUAUCUUUCAUCCAGGUCAUGAAGGAUCAUGGGAACAAGUCCCAGAAGAACCUGAUCGACGCCGCCAUCACUGCUGGAGUUACCCGGUUUGCACCGAGCGAAUGGGGAAGUGGUGGAACUGCGGGAAUGCCUUGGUGGACAGGGAAGGGGGAGAUCAGAGAGUAUCUCAAGAAGGUGAACGAGAAUGGAAAGGUCCUCGGAUAUACUCUGUUCCAGCCAGGCCUGUUCUUGGACUAUUUGGCAUCUCCAUACAAGACGGCCAAAUACGUCACCCCGCUGAACACGAUGAUUGACUUCCAGAACCGGCGUGCAAUUGUAGUUGACGGUCACGACAGCAUCAUGAGUUUCACUACUGUCCACGAUCUUGCUGCAGUUGUUGCCAGAGCAGUCGAAUACGAGGGCGAGUGGCCCGUGACUGGUGGGAUUUGCGGCAAUAAAGUCACCGUCUCACAGAUUCUCGAGAUUGGCGAGAAAGUUCGAGGUCGCCCGUUUGCCAUCGAGAAUGUCAAACUCGAGGAUCUCGAAGCUGGGAAUCUCAAGUCAUCAUGGACCUUGGAAACUCACCACCCAAGCGUCAGCAAGGAACAAGCCGAAAACCUGGUGAAGACUGUUCUCAUAGGUACUCUACUGAGCAGUGCAAAGGGUGCAUGGAAUAUCUCAGACGAGUUCAACCAGCUCCUUCCCGACUAUCAGUUCACUCAGAUAGAGGAGUUCCUCGCUGAAAUUUGGGCGGGAAAGCCAUAGUGAUCAACAAUCCCAUAGUGAAUUCAAACAGGGCUGCAUUAAUAAAUGACUGGCUC